AUAGGUACUUUUUACCUGUAGUUAACCACAGUUAUAAAAAUGGCUGUUGAUGUGACUUCAAGAUUGCAUGAGCAGUCUGAACUGAUAAUGACUCUAAAAUCAAGAGCUGACUUUGAGAUGGAACGCCGUAAAGAAGCUGAAUGUAAAUUAUUAAACGAACUGAACAAAAGUCACGAUCUCCAGCAACAGCUUUUGGAAUGCCAACAGAGGCUAGUAACUUUAAUAAUGACAUCAUGUUGACUAUUUACAGAGUUUCCGAUGCUGAAAACAAUAACCGCGUGUUGCGGUCUACAUUAAAUGAUUUAAGUUAUGAACUUUUAAGCAAAACGCUAAAUAAGAAUACAAACACUGAUUUAACGAGAAGAGAUACAUCUGUUCAAACUGGGGACGAAUUUCGUCAAAGUAAAGUGGUUUCAGUUGAGGCUUCAAAUACAAGAAGUUCUAAUCAAUAUUUAUGGAAGUUCAGGGAGUUAAAAAAGGAGAAUAAUAAACUUUUACAACUGACAAACGAGAUGAGAUCAAUAUAUACACAAAAUUUCAAAACAAUUCAAAAUCGUUUGAAUUGCUUGACAGACUUAAUCUCGACAGUUUGUAGUUCUUAUUUAAAAGUAAAUCAAGCCUAUCAUAAUGAUGAUGUCAAGUGGAGAAAUGAAAGGCAAAAUUUAUCCUCACAUCUAGAGAAUGAAAAGCAUUUAAAUGAAGAAAUACGUAUUAAACUAAAUAUCAUGGAAGCAGAGAAGAAAAAAAUAGAAAAUGACAUAAAUAAAUUAAAAGAACAAAGAGAAAAUGAAAUGAAAGAAUUUAACGUUAAUAAACAAAUAAAGCGUUUAAAAGAAGAACUUGACAUUUCUAAACUUCAAACGGAACAAAUGAGACAAUUUAGUGAGCAACGGAUUUUGAAGCCUAUAAAAUUUAUACAAAAGAACUAUUGGAUAAUGAGAGAAGAUUAAACAAGGAACUUCGAAAGUCGUACCAUUGAAAGUGUCAGGAAUGAUAAUUUAUCUUUAAAAAAGAUUAUUUCUUCAAACAGAUUGCAGUAACCUAUUCAUAUCAUCUCUAAUAAAUCAAAUUGAUUUCGUUUUA